UGGCGUUCCCUUUGGGAGCCCUCAUGACCACCACACUCUUGCUCUUUCUUGUUGCAUUUUCACUAAUUCCUAAUGUCCAUGCAACGAUUAGGUCCUCAUGGGGACAUGCUGCUCAUAACAUGGUUGGAAGAGAUAACAAGAUAGUUGACCUCCACAAGCAUCACCCCGUUUUUGGGCCUGGCCCUUGGAGGCAAGCUUAUGCUACUUUCUAUGAGGGAGGCUCUGGAACAUUUGGAGGAGCUUGUGGGUAUGAUGAUGUGGUUAAAGAUGGUUAUGGGCUUGACACGGCAGCAUUGAGCUCAGUUUUGUUCAAGCACGGUGAGGCAUGUGGGGCAUGUUACGAGAUCAAAUGUGUAAACUCUACUCAAUGGUGUAAGCCAAAACCCUCUGUUUUUGUGACAGCAACCAACCUUUGCCCCCCCAAUUAUUCUCAACCAGGUGACAAUGGAGGAUGGUGCAACCCUCCACGCCAGCACUUUGAUUUAGCCAAACCUGCUUAUCUCAAAAUUGCACAGUACAAGGCUGGCAUCGUCCCAGUCCAAUAUCGCAGGGUACCAUGCAAGAAGCAAGGGGGUAUUCGGUUCACAAUCACUGGGAAUCCUUACUUCAACCUAGUAAAAGUGUGGAAUGUGGGAGGAGCUGGGGACAUCACAGAAGUACAGGUGAAGGGUGACAAGAAGCUGAUCAAUUGGACAAAUUUGAAGCGAAAUUGGGGUGAGAAAUGGGAGACUAAUGCCAUGUUAGUGGGAGAGACAUUGACUUUUAGGGUUAAAGCCAGUGAUGGCAGGUACUCUACCUCUUCCAGUGUUGCCCCCAAGAAUUGGCAGUUUGGUCAAACCUUUGAAGGCAAAAACUUCCCAUAAAUGCUUCUCUCUCCACUUUCGACCUUUGCUGCAUAUUCUUCUUGGU